AUGUCCUAUGAUCGAUAUCUAGCUAUAUGCAAACCUCUCCAUUAUGUCACUAUGAUGAAUGGCAAAAUAUGUCUCAGGCUCAUCACCUGCUCUUGGAUUUGUGGAUUUCUAGCAAAUACCAUUACAUUGGUUAUAAUAUCCAAGUUAGUUUUUUGUAAUAAUAGAAUUGAUCAUUUUUUCUGUGAUACUUUCCCAAUUAUAGAAUUAUUUUGUGGAGACACUUAUGCUUUAAAAGUCUUUUUUUAUGUUAUAUGUUCUAUAUUUACAUUUCCACCAUCUAUAUUAACCUUUACCUCUUAUACUUUCAUCAUUGUAGCAAUAAUGAGAAUGCCUUCUACUAUAGGGAAACAAAAGGCAUUUUCUAUCUGUUCUUCUCAUCUCUUGGUAGUUACUAUUUUUUAUGGCUCACUGAUGAGUAUAUAUGUGGUACCAAACACUAAUAAACUGAAUGGACUUCAUAAAGUUCUUUCUCUCUUUUAUACUACUUUGACUCCCCUGCUUAAUCCUAUUAUAUAUAUCCUGAGAAAUAAAGAGGUGAAAGAUGCAUUCAAGAAAUGUAUUUCAUACCUGUUUCUUAAAUUCAUGGAAAAAAUCAGAUAUAAAAACAUUUGA